AUGUAUUCAUCGAAUUCCAUGGAAAAACCCGACAGUUUGACAUUUCUUCAUGGUUCACGUUAUGUUGCUGUAGAAACCCUGGUUAUUAUUUAUGCAAGUGGUGUUGCAGCAUUCGGUAUAUCAGUUGAGAUCUAUAUCUUAAUUCCCAUGGCUAUCGUCAACUGUAUAUUGGUUGCUCGAAAUUGUGGUAGCUCAGCUAAGACAAUAGCAGCAGCUGUAUGGGUUGUAAAGAUUACGUUCUUAUUCGUAACAGUUGAAUUGUGUUACCGUAACUUUCGAAAACUUAGAGGAUACAAGGAAAACUUCGCUUCAUCAGCCCGUGCUAUGUUUCGGCAAGCACUGUUGUUUAGUGUCACCAUGCUUUUCUUGAGUUCUCCAGGAUUGAGAGCAUUUAAUAAUGCCACGAAUAAAAGUCUACCAAAACCAUGUGCAUAUGAAACUAAGCAUUGUGGUAUUGUGAACUUGUAUGAACCAGCUUUUUCGUAUGGCGAUGAUAAAUGUUUAGAAGAUUUAAUAGCUUAUGUCUCUGGACGUGAACAAUUACGUACUUUACGUAAUUUUAUUAUGUUGAAUAGUGUUUCUUACUCUGUUUUCAAUGUUAACUUUCUUGAUAUCAAACAUGGUGCCAGAUAUUUACCACUACGAAUUAUACUAAUUAUUCUUUUUGCUGUUGUAGCUUCAUCAGUUCUUGUGUCAACUAUCGAUCCAUUCAUUUUCAUUGAUAAUUAUCAAUUACCAUACUAUAUUAUCGAAUGUAUUCUCUUCAUUAUUCUGUUUGGAUUGCCCGCGUAUAAUCUCUACAUUUUGCAAAAUCAAGACCCACUAACGAAUCCUCAACCAGAAGAGGAAAUUGAAAUGAUGGAUCCAUCACCACGAAUAUCAUCAUGGCUAUAG